CGCAGUGCACGAUUGACAAUUGUAGAGGAGCAGCUCUUCCUGCGCGCGCAAGGUCGCGUGCGGGUAUACUUCCAGGAGUUCGAGGAGCUGGAAGGGUUUGCAGUGCUGGGCGCCAACUUGCAGCGGCUCCUGGCCAAAGUAGAGUUCGAGCUCCGCGGCAUUUUCCUUCACCAACACGAUGUUGCAUGCCAGGCUGAGCAAGUGCAAGCCGAGCUCGACGCUUGCAAGCAGGAACUAGAGCGGCAACGAUCAGUAUGCGACCAGGUGAUUGCGGCCGCGCGAAAGCUAGCGAGGAGUGCUCCUGCAGCUCUCGAAAAGCGUACGAACGAGUUGCAGUCGUUCCACGCCGCCGAGGUCAAGCUGCGGGAGAAACAAUGGACCGUACAAGCAGACAAACGGUUGCAGGACCACGUGCAGGUCCUCUCAGACACGUACGCAAGGCAGCUAGAGCUCCUUGAGCUGGAGAAUGCCCAACGAAUUGAAGCUCUAAAGGAGAAGCUCGAGGCCAAGAAGGACGCCGAGAUCGGGUACAUACGUGCACUGAUGAGGCUCCAGAUGACAAGCCAACUCGACCGCGAGACGCACGAACUGCUUGGUAGACGACAACGCCGCCGCUAA